AUGGCGCCAAUUUAUCGUUUACCUGCUCGGGCGUCUCCCCACCGAACUAGUAAACUAAGCAAAAGGAUCAAAGGAUCCAGGUUUGCUGGCCCAUCGACCCCUAUCGACUCAGAAUUGAGUAUCCAAGCAGCAUCUACCGAUGAUGCCCCGGAGAUCCCGACACGACCGUCUGACAGCCGCACAGCUCUCAAGUCGUCCGACCGUCCGCCGAGGGGCGGCUUUGGGCCGGCCCAUCGUGCGAUUAUUCCACAACCAAAAGGCCAGAAGACCAGAUAA